UGGUUAUAGCUUUGGUUCAAACAUACGCACGGAGAGGUAGGUAUAAGUUAUAUUAUUACCAGUUACCAGGUGUGCAGUGUAAUAGGCAUAUUCUUAUUUACAAAAAAAAGUUUGAAGACAUUUUAAUUCAAGUAUUGAUAUGGUCAAAGAAUAAUUUUUGGAAGAAUAAAAUAAUCAAGCAAAAUGCCAAUUGAAAAAGCUCGUUUAAUUGAUAAUGCAGAAAGAGGAUAUGGUAGUACACCGGAAACCCUUCAAAUAGAUCCAGUUCCUGGAACGUCAGGCUCAACUACUAAUCCACCACGACGCCCGCCACGUGGUGGAUCACAUGGUACAUCUAAUGUAGUGAAAUAUGGAAAAGGUGAAAAAUGGCCACAAUAUUUUGCUGCUUUAACAUCAACCCUAGGUGCUUUUGCAUUAGGCACUGUAUUAGGCUGGAUAUCUCCAGCAAUUUCACGUCUUACAAGUGCUUAUGGUUUUCCUGUAGGCAAUGUAGAAAUUAGCUGGUUAGGUUCGUUAACAUUUCUUGGUGCAGCUGUUGUUUUAGCACCUAUCGAAUAUGUGAUCAAGCAAUUUGGUAGAAAAAAUACAAUGUUACUCUUGCUAAUACCAUUUACGAUUGGUUGGCUUUUUAUAAUAUUUGCAUCAACGAUUACGGCAAUUUAUAUUGGUCGUUUUGUCACCGGAUUUGCAAGCGGUGCAUUUUGUGUAACAACACCAAUAUAUAUCGCAGAAAUCGCCCAAAAAGAAAUACGUGGAUCAUUGAAUACAAUGUUUCCAAUUAUGAUUACGGCAGGAAUCUUAUUCGCAUAUAUUAUUGGAUCUAUGGUAACAAUUAUAUCACUGUCAGUGAUAUGUGCUACUAUUCCACUUAUAUUUGGUGCACUGUUCUACUUCCAACCAGAAAGUCCAGUAUACUUAAUACAAAAUAAUCGUAUUGAUGAAGCUCGACAAUCAUUAAUCAGAUUACGAGGUAGAAAUUUUGAUGUCGAUUCAGAAAUUCGUGAAAUUGUUGCUGCUGAAGAGGAACUAAGUCAAAAUGCUAAAACUUUAACUGAAGCAAUUAAGGAACCAGGCACUCAACGAGCAUUUUUGAUUGCUUGUGGGAUGAUGAUAUUUCAACAAUUAACUGGAUUAUAUCCAAUAAUGUCAUAUUCAACAAUUGUUAUUCAAACUGGUGGAGCUUCUAUGAUCACUCCGGGAGAAAUUAUAAUAUUCCUUGGUGUUAUUCAAAUGCUUGGUAAUCUGAUUGGUGAAGCUAUUGUGGAUUCCUCUGGUCGAAAAUAUUUACUAACUCGAUCGGCUAUAUAUACAAGUAUUUCUUUAUUUGUACUUGGAAUAUUUUUCCAGAUAAAAUACUAUCAAGCUAUUUAUUUAAUUGUUGGACAAAGCGCUUUUCUUCCAUUAUUAUUAGUUAGUAUUUAUGCUAUUGCUUAUUCAAUUGGUUUAGGUACUGUACCAUGGGUACUAAUUGGUGAAGUAUUUGCACCAGAAAUUAAAAAUAAAGCAGCUAGUAUUGCAAUUCUUUGUAAUUUAUUAGUUACAUUUAUAACAUCCGAAUAUUUCCUUAAAAUGAUUAGUUUACUUGGACGUAGUGGUACAUUUUAUUUAUUUGGAUUUUUUUGUGCUUUAAGCGCUGUAUUCACCCAUUUUGUAGUUAUAGAAACAAAAGGAAAAUCUUUAGGUGAAAUUCAACGAGAGUUAACACAAGCUGCAACAUCUUAAGGUUAUUUUAAUCUCUUAGGUUAUGAGAACAGAUCAAUCAAGGAUUUUAUUGUGGAAAUGAAUGUCGAAAGAUUGGAAUAAGUUUUGUAUCAUUUGAUGAUUCCAGAUUUUUGUUUAACUCACAUUUACAGUUUACAGAUUGCGAAGUUAUGAAGUUAAAGUAGACAAAAGUGAAAAGUUGCAAAUAUUAUAGAAAAGUUUUCAAUUGGAAUUCAACUUAAGUCAAAUAAUUCAAUAAAAUGUAAUCCAAAUCAAUAUAAUAUAAUUUAUUAUAGCUUGCUUGAUCACAUUUGUUUUCACAAUAAUCACUUAAAACGAUUUUUCGGCAGGUCUGAAAUUUCCUACAUGACCUAGUGUAAAAAACAUAAUCAAUCGAUCUGUGUACUAAUUUUAAUAUAAAUAAUUGCUAUUAUUUAAAUGAAAAUUGAUUAAUUGAAAUUAGUUU